AGUUAUCAUCAAGAAAUUACAGACAAAACAAUGAAUUCAAUUGUGCUUUUCAGCUUAUUUUUUUGGUCUGCGAUUGUUGCAGCAGAGCCUAUAAACAGACCGAUGAUAGGUGGUGUUAGCGUCGUUCAGGAUGAGGCACGUCAAAGAGAACUCGUUGAACUUUUAAAAGAACAUAUCGGAAAAUUAGAGGCUGGAAACUGGGAUAUAGUAGAAAUAUUCAGAGUUGGACAGCAAGUUGUUGCUGGAAUGAAGUACUUCUAUUAUGGAACCUUUAGUGACAGACAUGAUGAGAACAAAAUUUAUGCAUCUACUGUUACACUUUAUAUUCGUCCAUGGGAUCGCUUUGUUGAAAUCAAUAUGAUGGAAAAGAACCACAUCCAAUAAUG